AUGAACCGACGUCGUGCAUUUUAUGUUUUCCUUUCCGUCCUCGCCCUAUUUCUCCUCGGCACCGUCGUCGUUCUCUCCUCAGUAACCUACUAUCUCGCCAUCGAUCCCAGCGCUUACCUCUCAGAAUCAGAAGUUCCUUUUCUCGACAACUCCACCCGCUGGAACCCAGCAGAACACGGCAAAGUACAGCGUAUUCCAAGAAUUAUUCAUCAGACAUGGAAAUCAGAGACUCUACCAGCUCGUUGGAGCGGUAUCUCCAACGCCUGUCGAGAGAUGAUGCCAGACUAUGAAUAUAUGCUUUGGACAGAUGCCAGUUCUCGCGAGUUCAUCGCAGAACACUACUCGUGGUUCCUUGACACUUUUGACGAUUACACUUAUGCCAUACAACGCGCCGACGCUAUCCGCUAUUUCGUUCUCCACUACUAUGGCGGUAUUUAUAUGGAUCUAGACAUUGGGUGUCUGCGACCCAUGGACCCGCUUCUCAUAUACCCAGUCAUCCUUCCGAAGACAAUUCCUGUAGGCGUAUCAAAUGACUUGAUGUUCGCAGAGAAAGGUCACCCCCUUCUGGAGCAGACGAUUCACAACCUGGUCACCUUUGACCAUUCUUGGAUUCUCAACUAUCCUACCGUCAUGUUUUCGACGGGACCCAUGUUCCUUUCUGCUCAGUAUGGUCUCUAUACUGCAUCACAUCCGACUUCUGCUGGGACAGAGAUCAGGAUUCUGCCAAAAUCAUUGUAUGGAAAAAACGCAAAACCAGAGGAAGUGCCUCACUCGUUCUUUUCGCAUUUCUAUGGUAGCAGCUGGCAUGCUGAUGAUGCGGCCUUCAUUGGUUUUCUGGGAACUUGGGGCAAAGGUCUUAUGUGGUUUGGGUUGUUG